AGUCAUAUCUAAACAUCCAAUAUAAUCGGACAAGACCUGCAAAAAAAAUGUCUACCUUACCGCGAGAAAUCAGUGAUGUUCUGGAAACCUCGCUAGGCCAAAAAAUCACCGAUUACCACAUAAGCCUAGGCGAGGGUAACAGCAAAGGUAUGGGAUUCGUGAGCGAGCUCCUUUUUGUCAACCUCAUCCACAAAUCAACGGGAGAGCAGCAUCACCUGGUUAUCAAGCAGGCUUUGCCCACAGGCGGCACCAAUUCCAUGCGCAUGAUGCGAACCGCUUUCGCCAACGAGAUUCGUUUCUACCAGACUUGCUGGCCGAUCUUGAGCGCGUUCCAGGCAAGCCAUCCGCUAGUUAAACCGUUCCGAGGCAUCCCCAGGUGCUACGGUGUAGCUAGGGAAAUAGAAAAGGAGAAGCUGGUGCUGGAGAACCUCAAGGCACGAGGUUUCACGAUAUACGAGAGAACCGAGCCUUUCGACCUGACUCACAUGGAGGCAGUGUUCAAGGCCUUCGCGGAAUUUCACGCGAUUUCUUUCGCCUAUCGUCAUGAAAACUCUGAGGCUGAGUUCGAGAAGAUGACGAAGCAUCUGGUUAAUGGCUGGAUGAAUAUCACGAAGGCUGUGUUCUUUCCGGAGAUGAUCAAGGAGUGUUUUACAGGAUUUUUGGAUGGAGUGGGGCCGGAAUUGAGAGGGAAGAUUAAAGAGAAGCUCGAGAGGUAUUUCGAUGGACUGGUGGAAGUGUUCGAUGAGUGCGCAGAAUAUACAGGGUGUUGUCCUGUGCUUCUCCAUGGAGAUUGUUGGAGCAGUAAUUUUAUGUUCAAAUAUAGCGAAUCUCAGGAAAUCUCUGAGAUGAAGAUAAUCGACUUUCAAACGGCGAGAAGAGGCAGCCCUGUACAAGAUUUAUCCUACUGUUUCUAUAGCUGCGCUUCCAAAGAUGUGCUGCGCAGCCUCGAACACCUCUUGCGCAUAUACCACGAUACUUUGUCGACAGCGCUGGAAGCAUACGGCUGCGCAGUGGACGAAAUAUACCCCAUGCGCACCCUGAAAGAUGAAUGGACACAGUAUUCCAAAUUUGGAAUGAUGUUGGGCAUUAUGGUUUGGAGGAGUAAGUUGACAGACGCCAAAGAUGUAGCCGAUCUGAACAGGUUGGUGGACAACGAUAUGGCAGAACUGCAGAGGCCAAGAAAUAUCAACCUGGAAAAGUACAAACAAGUAGUGGGUGAUUUGAUAAUGAACGCGUACGAAAACGAUGCCUUGUGAUUUGUUCAUAAGCUACGCAACAGUUCUUGUAACCCAUUGAACUGAAGAAAUAUGCAAUAUUUCGGGAAAAAAUCGUGUUCCCCAGAACAUUGGACCGGUGUUUCUUCCACCCAGUAGAUACACUUCAACAAGAUACUUUUAUCCAGAUUCUGACAUAUGUGAUGAUUUUUCAACUUUCUGUUAUACAGUGUAGAAUCUUUGUUAUAGCCUAUCCUAUAGCCCUUAUAACUCUCUCCAAUUUUUGACAGUAAAAAAAUUAUAUAUAGCUUCACGAAUCAACAGAUACAUUUCCAUUAUCUGCAAAGAUAUACAGGGAACAGCAAAUAGUUCAUAAAUUUUGGAUUAAACACCUUAUAUAUAUUUCCUCACCAUUGGAAUGGUCUCUUGAAGGACUUAUAUCACUCAAUAUAUUCAUCACCUGUAUUUCUCAAUACCAACUACGUUUGAUAGAUUUUCUGAAUGAAUUCCGAGAGUAGACUAUUCCAUUAGUCUAGUAUACAGUCACUCGUGUUAUAAUAUCAUUUGAUGGUGUAACUCAGGCAAUGUAACUGAAAUAUUUGUGACACAAAAGAAAAUCAUUCCAAAGAUGUUUCGACUGGAAUAUCAACAAACUUGUAAACCCACCUGUAUAAAAUAAAAAAUAAUGUCUUU